UUCUCAUGCUCUCUUAGCCUUUUAGAAAACCGUUAUGUCCACUUUCUUCUCCAUCCUCCUCGUUACGAUUUCCUCAUCUCCGCCACCAGUUUUUGUCUCUAUAGAUCAUCAGAAAUAUGACAACUUAUGGAACCAUACCUGCAGAACCACACCCAUCAGAAAACUUACGCAUCAUUUCAAACGCAAAGGAAAGGAUCGAGACGAGCCUUGGAACAAGAAGAUCAUGGAAAGAAAUGAUCAAUCCACAAUCUUUCAACCUUCCAUCUUCAUUAAACGAAUCUGUUCAAAAAAUAAAAAUAAAUAUAGCAUUCUUUCGCUAUAAUUAUGUUAUUGUCAUAUUGUCCAUUCUUUUCCUCAGCCUGCUUUGGCAUCCUAUUUCACUAAUCGUCUUUAUAAUCAUGAUGGCUCUAUGGCUGUUCUUGUAUUUCCUGAGGGAUGAUCCUCUAGUGGUUUUUGACAUUGUAAUUUAUGAUAAAGCCGUGAUGGUAUUCUUGUUGAUGGUUACAAUUACCAUGCUUUUCCUUACAGAUGUAACGGAUAAUAUCAUUGUUGCUUUGUUUAUAGGAGUGGUGGUUAUUUUGGUUCAUGGAACAUUUAGAAAAACAGAGGAUUUGAUGUUUAUGGAGGAUGAAGAAGGGUUUGGAUCGCCUGGCGUAUUGCGUGCAGCUGGUGGAGCUAAUAUGGCAGCCACUGUGCCUCUUAAAAAUGCUGCAUCUUCUUCAUUUUCUGAUUCCUAGGGAGGUUCAUUGGAGAGUUCUUUUUUUUUUUUUAUCCUUUAUAGAUGAGAAAAUUCUUUGCUUUUCUUUCUUUUUUUUUUUUUACAUUCUUUCCUCUUGAUUUGAUUGCUAAUGACAAUGAGCUAUAGAAUAAAACAGCAUCGUGUCUUCAUCUAGUUUAU